UGUUUAUUACAACUUGUUCACAUGCAUCUACAAUAUUCUUUAUUUGGUAGCAAGGACAAACCGGCACAAUUUACUAGAUACUCCAGUACUUAUGUUCAAGAAUAUCAAAUGCUACCUGAUAUUUUUUUUUAAAAAAAGGAGUGUUGAACUCUUCUUAUUAGUCAUUCUUUCAAUAUUAGUUGUUGAAGAAGCUAGCCAUGGCAACAGGCAGUGUAAAGCUUCUAGGUGUAUGGGCAAGCCCUUUCGUAAACCGGGUUGAAAUAGCCCUCAAGAUGAAGUCUGUUGAGCCUGAGUUUAUACUAGAGACUACUUUAAACAAAAGUGAGCUGCUCCUCAAAUCCAACCCUGUUUACAAGAAAAUCCCAGUCCUGUUACAUGAUGAAAAGCCUAUUUGUGAGUCCCUUGUCAUCCUUCAGUACAUCGAUGACUCUUGGCCGAACGGUCCCUCCAUUCUUCCUUCUGAUCCCUAUGACCGUGCCAUAGCACGGUUUUGGGCAUCCUAUAUUGAUGAAAAGUGGUAUCCAUUGGUAGUGGAGUUUAUGAAAGCGGAAGGAAAGGAAGAAAAGGCAGCUGUACUGGAGAAAAUAUCUGAAGGGAAUUUGCUGCUGGAAGAAGCUUUUAUCAAGAUCAACAAAGGUAACUCUUUCUUUGGUGGAGAUAGAAUUGGUUACCUAGACAUUGUUCUUGGUAGUUUACUGGGAUGGGUGAAGGCAAUCGAGAUGAUGGAUGAAAUGAAGAUACUGGAUGAAACCAAGAUGCCUAGUCUAGCAGAAUGGGACAAGAGAUUUUGCUCAGACAAUGUUGUGAAGGAUAUCAUUCCACAGCCUGAGAAACUUGCGGAAAUUCAUCGCAAGUUUCACCAGAUGAAGAAAGCUACCUCAAAUUAAUAAUGUUGCUUACUUCCGUCUGUACUUUUUUUGGAAAAUGUGUCUCUUCCUAGAUCUUGUUUAAAUGGACGAAAAUAAAAGAAGUUUGUGUUGUUACAGACAAACUCUCCUUGAUAGAGA